AUGUCAAACGACCAAGGUACUCAAAAACUAUGGGGUGGUAGAUUUACUGGGGAAACUGACCCAUUAAUGCAUCUUUACAAUGCUUCCUUACCAUACGAUUACAAGAUGUACAAAGCCGAUUUGGAAGGUACUAAAGUCUACACUUCUGGUUUACAAAAACUAGGCCUGUUGACUCAAGAUGAAUUGACCAAGAUCCACCAUGGUCUAGAUGAGAUUAAAAAGGAAUGGGACAGUGACUCCUUUGUCCGUCAUCCAAAUGACGAGGAUAUUCACACUGCAAAUGAAAGACGUUUAGGUGAAAUCAUUGGUCGUGACAUUGCUGGUAAGGUUCAUACUGGUAGAUCUCGUAACGAUCAAUGUGUUACUGAUUUGAGAAUUUUUUGCCGUGACACUCUGAAUGAAAAAUUACUACCAGCUUUAUUAGAUCUAAUAAAAGUUUUGAUCAAAAGAUCCAGAGAAGAAAUUGAUAUAUUGAUGCCAGGUUACACCCACUUGCAAAGAGCUCAACCAAUCAGAUGGUCCCAUUGGUUAAGUUCUUACGCCACUUAUUUCACCGAAGACUACAAGAGAUUAUUGCAAAUCCUAGAUAGAUUGAACGUAUCCCCAUUAGGUGCCGGUGCUUUAGCCGGCCAUCCAUACGGUAUUGACAGAGAAUUUUUGGCUGAAGGUUUGGGUUUCAAUGGUGUUAUCGGUAACUCUUUAGUUGCUGUUUCCGAUAGAGAUUUUGUAGUUGAACUAAUGUUCUGGGGUACUCUUUUCAUGAACCACAUUUCUCGUUUUGCUGAAGAUUUGGUUAUUUAUUCUACCGCUGAAUUUGGUUUCAUAAAACUAAGUGAUGCUUAUUCAACUGGCUCCUCAUUAAUGCCACAAAAGAAGAACGCUGACUCUCUUGAACUACUAAGAGGUAAGUCUGGAAGAGUCUUCGGUGAUAUGGCCGGUUUCCUAAUGAGUUUGAAGGGUAUUCCUUCCACAUACGAUAAGGAUAUGCAAGAAGACAAAGAAUCUCUAUUUGAUGCUUUAACCACUGUAGAACACUCUAUUUUGAUCGCUACUGGUGUCGUAUCAACUUUAUCUGUUCAAAAGGAAAAGAUGGAAUCAGCUUUAACAAUGGAUAUGCUUGCUACUGACUUGGCCGAUUACUUGGUAAGAAGAGGUGUUCCAUUUAGAGAAACUCAUCACAUUUCCGGUGAAUGUGUUGCCGAAGCUGAAAGAUUGAACUUGUCAGGUAUUGACAAAUUAACACUAGAACAAUACAAAAAGAUUGACCCUAGAUUUGAAGCUGAUUUGUUUGAGACCUUCAACUUUGAACAAAGUGUCGAAAGAAGAGAUGCCACUGGUGGUACUGCCAGAUCUGCUAUUUUCAAACAAUUGGAUAAUCUUGAAUCUCAAAUUCAAUAG